UGAACCUGAAUAUCUCUGCGAGAUAUCAUCGUUAACCCAACACGCGACAUUUCAUUUGUGCGGUUUGGAAUCCAUAGCUCAAGGUGAUGAUGCACGACGCGCUCUGUCAGUCUGCGGACGAGAUCUUUGAGAACCAACGAGAUAUGGUACACACCAAAGUACGCUACGAAUCCGAUGAGGACGAGGACGAGGACGAUAACCAUGAUGAGGACGAGGACAAUGAGGCCUUUGAAGACGCUACGCCAAGCAUACCCACAGAUCCAGUGACAUCUGAAGUAGGAGCAGCAGGGGUAGGGGCGACGGCGUCCUCGUCGACCACACAAUCAACCAGCAACAAGACCAAACAACAGCAGCAACAACAAGCUCAACACAAUAGUGUACUAGAACUAGACGAUUUUGCACUUGGCGCUCAGGACAGCUCCUCUAGGAUUCGAUACAUGAACGACUGGAGUGGAACCCUGCACGAUCUGGAUGAAUAUGAGUCUGGACCUGGGUCUGAUGAUGGAUUGGAUAACGAUAUGAUAUCAGAAGAGCUAGACGACGGUUAUUUCGAGAGGAGGCGGCAGGAAGCAAGUGACGACGAGGAUCAGGGCAAGAGUGAGGUGGAAUCGAUGCAGGAGGACGGCGAGGACGAGGAUACGUUUAUGGAGGUCAGCGUAGCGAGCGAGCCUAUGGGUGCGGAUUCGGGACCAGGCAGCAUAAACAUGGUGGAAGAUGUUGAUUCUGGAGAAAACAAUAUGGAAAAGGUUGUAUAGUCACUACUAAUACAAAAUAUACGACUUUCUAUAUCGACGAUAUACAUCUUUUGUACUGUUGACUGUUCUUAUGUUUUCAUUGCAAUGCACACAAGUGUUUGAAGAUUUCCUUCUUCUUCUUGCGACUAUCUCAUGUAUUGAAGCAUCAUUGGGACGAGCAUAGGUUUUAGAAUGCUUUUUUUUUUUUUUUUUUGAAAAA